GUGCCUGUUGAGGAGACAGAAGAAGCCGUCAUAUCUUCUGGAGCUGGAAUAAUUACAGGUGUUUGUGAACCAUCUGAUGUGGGUGUUAGGAUCUUCGGCAAGAACAAUAUGCUUCUUUAACCUUUGAGCCAUCUCUCCUGCCCCAAGAUGCCUACAAAGAAUUUUGGGAAAGAAUGGACUUGUGUGACUGAAAGAAGCAUAGAUGGCAGCUGUACAGUUCAGUGCCACUCCCUCUCCACUUGGGCCUUCUGCUUGAGACCUGCGUGUGACUUUUGGUCUAUGAGCCACGCUUUUCAUUUCUACUGACUUUGAUUACAGGAAGGUCUCUGAAGAUUCGUAUCAAAUGACGUCAAUGGCCAGCUUGUUUUCUUUCACUAGUCCAGCCGUGAAGCGAUUGUUGGGCUGGAAACAAGGUGACGAGGAAGAAAAAUGGGCAGAAAAGGCAGUCGAUGCUUUAGUGAAAAAGCUGAAGAAGAAGAAGGGUGCCAUGGAGGAGUUGGAGAAAGCCUUGAGUAGCCCAGGACAGCCGAGCAAGUGUGUUACUAUCCCCAGGUCCUUGGAUGGACGCCUACAAGUUUCUCACAGAAAAGGCUUACCCCACGUUAUAUAUUGUCGUGUUUGGCGCUGGCCAGAUUUGCAGAGUCAUCAUGAGCUAAAGCCAUUGGAUAUUUGUGAAUUUCCUUUUGGAUCUAAGCAAAAGGAAGUUUGUAUCAAUCCGUACCACUAUAAGAGAGUGGAAAGUCCAGUCUUACCUCCAGUGUUAGUGCCUCGCCACAACGAAUUCAAUCCACAGCACAGCCUUCUGGUUCAGUUUAGGAACCUGAGCCACAAUGAGCCGCACAUGCCACACAACGCCACGUUUCCAGAUUCUUUCCAGCAGCCCAACAGCACCCCUUUCCCCUUGUCUCCUAACAGCCCUUACCCCCCUUCCCCCGCUAGCAGCACGUAUCCCAGCUCCCCAGCAAGCUCUGCACCAGGAAGCCCGUUUCAGCUCCCAGCUGACACACCUCCUCCUGCCUAUAUGCCUCCCGAUGAUCAGAUGGGUCAAGAUAAUUCCCAGCCUAUGGAUACAAGCAAUAAUAUGAUUCCUCAGAUCAUGCCCAGCAUAUCCAGCAGAGAUGUUCAGCCUGUUGCCUAUGAAGAGCCUAAACACUGGUGUUCAAUUGUCUACUAUGAACUGAACAACCGUGUUGGGGAAGCUUUUCAUGCAUCUUCUACUAGUGUGUUAGUAGAUGGAUUCACAGACCCUUCAAAUAACAAAAGUAGAUUCUGCUUGGGAUUGUUGUCAAAUGUUAAUCGUAAUUCAACUAUUGAAAACACUAGGCGGCAUAUUGGAAAAGGUGUCCAUUUGUACUAUGUUGGUGGGGAGGUGUACGCCGAGUGCCUUAGUGACAGCAGCAUCUUCGUUCAGAGCAGGAACUGCAACUUUCACCAUGGCUUCCACCCCACCACUGUCUGUAAGAUUCCCAGCAGCUGCAGCCUCAAGAUUUUUAACAAUCAGGAGUUUGCUCAACUUUUGGCUCAGUCUGUCAACCAUGGGUUUGAGGCCGUGUAUGAGCUCACCAAGAUGUGCACCAUUCGAAUGAGUUUUGUCAAGGGCUGGGGAGCAGAGUACCAUCGUCAGGAUGUUACUAGUACUCCAUGCUGGAUUGAGAUUCACCUCCAUGGGCCUCUUCAGUGGCUGGAUAAAGUCCUUACUCAGAUGGGCUCUCCUCUGAACCCCAUUUCUUCUGUUUCAUAGUGCAGAAGUAUUCUUUUCAACCAUAUUUUUAGUGGACUUGUUUUAAUUUUAGAGGAAUUUCCAGUACAGAUACUGUGAGCUGACAUGGAAAAACAGAUAUUAUGGCUUAUUUUUUCUACAUAAUUGUGACCAACACAUUUGUAUCUUGUGAUGAAUUUACAUUUGUUUGUAUUCAUGUUCAUUGUGAUUAACUUUCAAAAGUAUUGUAAACAAUGUGUAGAGUAUUUUGCCCCCAUUGAGAAGUUUGGCAUUGAUCUGAAACUGGAACAGGCUUUUGUUUAUUGUCCCAACAGUUUUUUAAUUUGUUAAUUUUUUACAGAGUAGUGCCUCACAUAAUGAAGAUUUAUCCUGUAAGAGGGCAUAUAACGUGAAAAGUGCUAGACGAUACGUUUAGUAAUUUCUUUGUCCUACCACCUUGAAAAGCAUAGUACAUUGUUUUGCAAAGACAUAUGGGGUAGGGGCGUAAAGGAAACCAUUGAAUCUCGUAUUUGAAGGACACUGUGCACCCCUGAUGUGGUGUUCAGUGAGAGCAAGGUGGUGGAUUUCUAGGUGUCAUACAUUGACAUUUAGUGGAACAAGUGUUCGUCAGUGUAAUGUGACUUUGUGCUAUAUAUCAUUUGUAAAACAUUUCCUUUUUAAAAAUCUCUAUUAGAUGUCAUAUACUCAAUUUGUCAUAAGUUUUACUUAACAGUUACAGUGUGUGCACGGCCUUAUUCAGCUGUGUUUGCUGCUUUGGGCCAAUGCUUCAAGAACUCUAAUUCUAAUGUGCAUUAAUCUUUUCAUUUUGCACUUUUAUGGGUGACAGUUUUUAGUGUAAUCUCUGGUAAAACACAGUCAGGUGACCUGGUCUUAGAUCUUCUCUUUACUUCCUUGGCACGCCUUUGUAUCAACACUGCCAUUUAGAGAUUACAGUUGUAGGACAUGAUGCAUUUUUCUAGCUUUUUAUUUUCAAUCUAUAGAGUUGUUAUUCUAUAGCUCUAACUAAGCCUGUUAAUUCCCUACAACUUUAUGGGUGUUUUUAAUGUUGAAAGCUCAUGUACUUAAUACCAUUGCUCCUGUACCUGACUUCUCAUACAAGGACCUAUGCAAUGUUACCGUCAGAGGCUCUGUGGUUGGGCUCCGAGGAUGAGGCUGCUGGUGUGCUGGUAAAUGAACCAUCAGUGGGCUUGGGAUAGCUCAUUUCAACGUCAUGUAACAGAGAACAUAGACUGGUCUCUCCGUGUCAGUGCUCUGCUUUUUCCUUUUAUCCUUUUAGACCUACAUUGAUGCUAGUCUCCAGAACACCCUUUUCUAAGGCAAAGGAUGUGAAUGCUCUAAGACACCCAUUUAGUUCACUGUGCCUUUGGACUUGUAACCACUUUCUAGGGAGCAGUCAUGGACAGUUACGGCCUGAGAAUGAAGACACUACUUUGAUAAAGAAAAAAAUGACCUAACUUUCCUGUCAAUACGAGAAGCUUGAUUUUUCUGGUGCCACUUUAUUCUGCUGCUGAAAAUGUUAUUUUGGUUUGACGUUUUACAGUGCCCUUCCUGCCUUUAUGAGGAAAACAGAGCUUUUUGGGGGGAGGGGGUAUGAUUCUUUUUGUUUUCUGUGUCAUUAUUUAUUGCCUUUUAGAUAGCCAUUUGGGUGGCUUUACUCCUUCAGAGGAACUGCUUUGCUGGGCCUUCAGGAGCUUGAGCCUUCACCAUAAGUAUUCCAUAGCAUAAUUUUUAGACUUGCAGAGUGUACCAGCCACAUGAAAGAGACUGUUCUGUACUUCGUAAUUAAUUGUUCUUUUAUUUAGCAGGCUCAGGACACAGUCUUGAAGAGCAAAUUUGUAGGAAAGCGUCUGGAGUUGCAUGAUCAGUACACACCAGUGAGCUCUGUUGAAGUUUCAGAAACAAGUGCCAUGCUUGCUCCUUUUUCAACAGUGGGUUAGAUGUGUUUUUCCACAGUCAUCAUGUCCCAGCCCUCUCUCCGGGGUACAGGGUUCUGUGUGACUGACCUUCUGUGGAUGGCAGGACUGAAGCUCCUAUCUGCUUAGAGUUUCAUGGAGAAGUCCAGCCUGUUUCUUCAAAGUUGUCAAUAUCCCAUCUGUGGUCUGUAAAUGAACAGUGCAGUCUAGCUGCUCCUGUAAUGUCUGAGGAUAUACUGUGUCUAUGGGGAGGAAAAAGUGCUUGUAAGGUGAAAGCAAACCAAUGCAGGACUCUGGCCUGCAGAAAGCAGUACUUCUAAAGAGGCCAUUUCAGAAAAGGGUGGUUCUGACUUUGUUGUAUUGUGUAAAGAAUGGUUGCCACCAGACCCAAAACAGCAGCGCUGGUACAGACUUGAUGACUGUGAUGAGUAGCAUGUAGUCCAGGCUGGCAUUGAACAUGCUAAGUUGCUGAGGGUGGCCUUGAGCUCCUGAUCCUUCUGUCUCUACCUCCCAAGUGCUAGGAUGACAGGCAUCCACCAUCAUACCCAGUUUCUGUGGUGUUGAGGAUCAGACUCAGGACUUCAUGCUGCUAGGUGAGUGCUGUACCAACUGAGUGACAACCCUAGUUCAGGGAUCACAUUUUUAGCAUGCAAAAUACAUUAACGUAUGCCAGAUAAAAAGAUAGAUUUGCAAACAUUGAAAAUUGCCAUCAGUUUGUCGAAUUCUGCAAAUGGCAGAAUCAAGAUCUCAGUCAUGGAUUUAGCAGCAAGAUGCCGACUAGAAAAAAAGCAGGACCUGAGAGGUCUAUGUGACUAGUUAUCUGCAGGAUAUCAUGGUGGCCUGGGUGUUGUUAAUAAACUAAAUUUAUGACCUGUAAACUAGUAGGGGUGCAAUUGGCCUUCCAGAAUCACUACUUUGCUUCAGAAAAAAUUGUAACAAGAAAACAGUUUUAAAACAGCAAACAAAUAGGACAGAAUAUGAAUCUUUUUUUUCUUGAAUGUUUCAUGGUUGCUGGUAUAUGAAAAGUGGUCGUAGAAGGAGCUGGGUUGCUAAGGUAAGAUCAGUAUUAAGAUUGCCAGAUAAAACAUUUCAACUAGCUACACUAAUAAUGCAGAUAGGAAAUGUGCUAUUGUUUAUAGGGUUUGAAAGUUAGACACCCUUGGGGGGUGAAAAUGACAGUGACAUUACAAUACAAAGUGUACUGUCAGAGUAAAGACUGCAGUUUACCUUGCUCAGCCUCCCUGCUGCCUGAGGACCUGUGGAAACAUUUCCUUCCCUUGCCAGUAGUGCCCUUGGGAGAAGAGAGUUACAAAACAGUGAAACUUACUGAUGCAGGGAACCCCAGUCAGGGUGUGGUUUGUGCUUGGGCUGCAGAGCAUGGAGGUGGCUCGGGUCCCUGUCUUCACACCGUUCCCAGUCAUUUCCCUGGGAGUUCUUGGAGCGCUUUCCAUUCUCACUUAAGUCCUGUCUCUGUUUGCUUCCUGAAGACGAAAGACUCUUUUAUUUCUUUGGGUUUUUGUUGUUUGAGACACAGUCUCUCUGUAUAGCCCUGGCUAACCUGGAAAUUACUGUGUAGGCUAGCCUCAAACUUGAAGUAAUUCUCCUGCUUCUGCCCCUGAAGUUCUGGGAUUACAGGCAUGUGCCCUGGGUACAGUGACCUCUGAUAGUUUUUAAAGUUCAGCCCCUGGUGAUGGUGCGCAUUUAGACCUAUUAUCUUUGAAAUGCUCCAAACCCCCUUCUUUGUCUUACCAAGUAAAUCCUCUGCUUUCUUGGGUCUCAGUAAAAGUGUGUGUUCCCAGUAUACACACAGCUAAAUAAGCAGGCAGCUUUUCAUGUAGACAACCUGUGGUUUUAGAUGCAUUUCAUGAUUUUAGGGGAGGGAGUUUUCCUAAGCGGUGCUUUAUAGGUGAUGGUAACAAGGGUGACCUUUUGAAGGUAAUUCACUUAAGGAGCUGUUUCCCUCACGGCAGUAGGGUUUUCACCUUUGGAGGGUGCCAGUUCUUAGGAGGGUUUCUUGUUUAAUAACAUGCAUGUAUAGGAAGGGAACAUUGAAGGCAUCUGUUCUACACUAACAGUUUUCUGUCUGCUGGACAGACACUUGGACAGUUCUGGGGACUGUUGUCUGAAAGGGUAGCAGUAUUUGACAGUACCCGUCAUUAGGCCGGAGUUACUGGGUCACCCAGGAGAGAAGCUAGCUCACUUCCUGGUUAGGGCUGGCCUCAGUGGCAGAGCACUUUCCUAGCAGGCAGAAAACCCCGUAUUCAGUCCCCAGCACUGCACAAAACCAAACCAAACAGCUCUCAGAAUUCAUCUGUACUGUCAGUGAAGUGACCACGACAACUGGAUGGUAUGCCAGAACCGAGGAAAGGAAGUUCAUAGUGAUCACUUGAACAAGUGAGAAUACAUGUUACAACAUUUAGCUGGUGACAGUUGCUGUUCAGUGAUCACCUCUUACCUUGCAAAGAUCCAGUUAGAGCAGACUUUGUCCUCGAAGAGAGAGGAAGACCUUGUCCAGAUAACAGUUAUCAUUUAAUGUUUGUGUGAAGUUGCUCUUUUUAAAAAGCUCUGAAUUCUGUGUACAGACAGGACAGCUGCCUGCUCCCUGCCCCGCUGUCAUGCCUUUGUUACUGUGAGCUCGUGUUAGCCUUACCAACACUCCAGGUAGGCCAAAGAGUCAGUCCCAGGUUCUCGGAAGAGUCCGCUGUGCUCUUCUGAUACCAUUGGCAGUGCCACUGCUUUGGCAUUCUCGUAAAGCAGCUGUGGUAUAGGGAAUCUCAAGCAUGACUGUUGGGCAGUGGCACUCUUUAACGUGUCAAGUUGCAAUUGUAAGUUUACUUAUUUAAAUGUGGGUAAGAAUAUAAUCAUGGAGAAUGAAUAGCUUGUAUGCGCCUGUCUGCCUUCUGCAAGGAAGAGAUCUCACGUGGAUGGUGAAGAGCAAGCUGAUGGCUGUACUGUGGUCUGCUUAUGUGUAUUGGUCCUGCUUCUAUUCAUGGUGUAGAAAAGGAAACUAGCAGCGUGCUUCAACUGCUACUUUUUGAUACUUACAAAAAGGUAUUAGGUUUUACUAUAUUGUGCUUCUCAAAGCCAUAACUCUUAAGAAAUUUGUUUUUGCAUAUUGUUUGCUAAUACUUUAUUUUAAUAAACCUUAAAAUUUG